AUGUCGAUUCCUAACGAUAAUGCCACUGGCGCAUCGCUUCAGCACGACUCGCAGAACUCAGCCUUAACACCCGAAGAGAACCUUAGUACGCCGAUUGUCGACUCGACACAGUUCCCAAAGGAUGCGCAACAGCAUUGCGCGCAGGAAUCCGCCCUAUCGGGGGGACCACAAAACUCUUCAGAACAGCUUCAGCCGCUUCCUGAUGAGACAUUAGGCAGUCAGACUGAAAUCGCCUCCCAAGAAAAUGGAACAGCAUUUGCCAGUGAUCGACAGACUCACGAAUCUGAAGAGGAGGACAAGCACGCUGAUGCGGAUUCGAAAGAGUUAGAAGGGACUCAGGAGUCACCACAUGUGCAAUCGCUCUCUCAGGGUCAGGACGUUGCUCACGCAGAUCCCAGUUCCCAAGAAUCUCCGCGUGAUAGUGACCCCCAGCCCUCAUUGGAAGCUUCAUCUUCGCAGGACCCUUUCAAACGGGAAGACAUCAUUGGGAGGACAAAUUCCUUUCCUCCAGUGCAAAACACAGAAACUACUCCUGAGCAAGGCGCGGAGGUUCCACAGAGAGACGACAUUGGCGAUGGCGCUCCGGAAGCUUCCAAACAUGAGGAUGCUGCACCGCACGGGGUUACUAAUGGAGAGGUUGAUCAGUCAAAUGGUGUCUUCUGGGAAGAUUCUAUGCAUGAGGAUGGGGAGGAUGACUUUUUCGGUCAGUUGAAAACUCAGACGAAACCGAUUUACGUGCCGCCGGAAGCCGAUUCUCGAUUCGAGGAAGGCGUCCCUCUCGUAGAGGAUGUUUCUGGAACGCAAGAAGAGCCUACAGUUCAAGCAGAGUCUUCUAUCAAGAAAGUCUUUGAUGGCGAUGCCGACGAAGGAGAUGACUUUUUCAGUUCGGCCGCUCAGAAAGCAUCGGCGGACACUCAGCAUCCGGCAAUCACACGGAAGAGUACUUCGCAAGUCCUUGGAUCUCUCAACUAUGAUACACUCAACUCUCCCAUAAAUGAGCCUCCUGUUGAGUCCUUGCAAUCAUCACAUGAUGCGGGAGCUGAAGCACCGGGGGAUGCCUCUAACACGGCAAAGACCUCCGAAGAUGAGGACCUUGCUGCCAGAUGGCAGGCGGAAUUGGAAGGCGAUGAUGACCUUCUGUUAGAUGAGGAACCCGGAAACCAGGCCCCGGUGACUCAAGAAGCAGAAACUGGAAAUGCUCCUGAGCUUCUGAAUGGGGUUUCUCACCCGGAGUCUGGGUCGCAGUUUGGGGCACAGCAAACCCCUACCCCAGCCUCUGUCCAAUCGAAUCCAUAUGCACCUCACCAGCCUUCGUCAUCGGAAUUGGUGCAGGGGUUACCUGUUGCGCCUUAUUCGCAAGCGCCGGGUGUGGCCGCCUCACCAUACUCAAUGAUGCCGGCGCAGGAGCAGCAGGGCGCAACUACGGAGAAAGCAGAGAGUUUCGUGAACAAAAAGGAUGGGUACAAGUCACCUUACGAUCUGCCGGAUUCUUUUGCACGACCGCGGAGGCCGGCCGCGCGCAAGGCCGUUCCUCCACCGGGUACCACCAUGCCAACACCACCGCCUCCUCCCAGAAGCAGCAGUAAUCCUGCUGUCCCUCCACCACCGGUUUCCAACGCCUCUCCCCAAGCAAGCGGUAUUCCACCGGCGAAGGAACCCGUCCCUCCACCCAAAAACUUCUACGAGGAACUACCGCCUCCGCCAAAGCAGCGCCCUGCAAGUCGCGGAAGAUAUACUCCCCAGUCGACGACUGCUCCAAGUGUCGGUCCUCCGCCUGCAUCUUCUUUGGGCUCGCAAUCCUCUGCGCCUCCGCCUCCCACCGUGACCUCUGGUGUGGAUAACUUCUAUCAAUGUCAACUUCAGCCUCCCGAGCGAGUCGGUCCGUACACGAACCUUUCUGUUCCAAAUGCGCCGGCGGGUCCUGGCAGUGGCCCUCGCUACUCACCGAAACCUCCCGCUGUGUCAGCUGGGACAAAACCUCCCUCGUCUCCGCGAUACUCACCAGCUCCCGCUCCCCAAUCCUCAACCUCGCCUGUUCGUAACCGCUAUGCCUCUCAGCCGGCAGUCGCCCACACUGCAAACUCUCUUCCCUUCCAGCCUCGUACAUCGAGCCCUCUAGCACACCACGAAAAACAUGCGUACGGACCACAAGAAUCACAUGAGCGGCCCUCGACCUCUUCAGAUACUCUUUCACCCCCUCGUACAUACCAGCCUCCACAAACACAGGAGCAGCUCCCACAAAGCGGACAGACCUCCGGUUAUGCCGCUUCAGAAACUGGAAAGGAAUCGGAGAAGACAUCUGAUGUGUUUACACAUCAGCCUUCUGUCCAGCCAACGAAUCCAUAUGCUCCCGUUUCCAAUGCAACUGAGCCUUCCCGGCGCCGUUCAACCGAAUCUCCAUACGUGCCUGGUUCCGGUGUGACUGGGCCGCAAAUACCAACCCCAGCCGGUGAAAUUCAAUUCGCACCUCCUCGAAGGUCGCAGACACAAUCACCCGGCAGGCAAAUGAAUGGUCCAAGCCUGUCAAUAAGCUCGGCGGAGCCUUUUCAGCGACCCGCAUCGGUUCACAAUUCUAGCUCACCGGCUAAGGCAGUCAACCCCUAUGCAUCGCCAUACGCGGCUGUGUCGAAUCGGGAAGUUUCGCAGCAGGCAUUCAUUCCACCGACGGACGGGCAGGAAUUGGACCCUCUUGAGCGCUGGAAAGGAGCUCCUGUCUUUAAGUUUGGCUUCGGAGGUGUCAUCACAUCAUGCUUCCCCCAGCACAUCCCUCGAUAUUCCGCUGGUCAGAUGACUCCAAUGAUCAAACCUGCCCCUGGAGAGGUCAAGAUACAGCAGCUUAAAGACAUUGUUCCCUCUAGUGACAAGAUCCAAGAUUGCGGCCCUCGAGAACGAGGGGGUUCCGGAACCCUUCAAUCGGAUCCGGAUCCCUAUAAACGACAUGACGAGAAGAUUCUCCUGUGGAAAAUGAUCAGAGUAUUGGUGGAGAAUGAUGGGGUGUUGGAGGGAACAGCUGACAUCCAGAAGUCAUUGCGUAAUAUAAUAUCACCUGGUCUGCAGUCUUCAGAAACCGAUGCAACUUAUGGGGGCGGUCAGACAACAUCGGGCUUGUACCAGCCAACUAAUGGUUCCGUACGGUCUGAUGCUAUAGACGCUGGACUCCUGGGACUUCUGCGGAACGAUCUUCUGGUUGGAGAUCGAGAAAAAGCUGUCUGGAGAGCAGCUGAUAACCGUCUUUGGGGGCAUGCAAUGAUCAUGUCGUCGCUCGACAAAUCACUGUGGAAGCAAGUCGUCCAGGAAUUCGUCAGGAGAGAGGUGCGUUCGGCGGGUGAGAACAUCGAAUCACUGGCAGCACUUUACGAGAUUUUCUCGGGUAAUCUCGAAGAGAGCAUUGACGAACUCGUGCCUCCGUCUGCUAGAGUUGGGUUGCAAAUGGUCAGCAGAACGGAUGGACAUGGUCCUACUAAAAACGCUCUUGAUGGUCUGGAUAGGUGGCGUGAAACCCUUGGGCUGAUCUUGAAUAAUCGAAGUCCAGACGACCAUCGGGCUCUCUUCGCUCUGGGUCAGCUACUCUCUUCUUAUGGCCGAACAGAGGCUGCCCACAUAUGCUAUGUCUUUGCGCGAGCGUUCUCACCGGCUCCCAUUUUUGGUGGAGUUGAUGAUCCCCAGGCAUCGAUCGUACUUCUUGGAGUCGACCAUCGCCGGUUUCCCUUUACAUUCUGGCACGAUGAUGAUGCCAUCCUUUUGACAGAGGUGUACGAAUUUGCUACUUCUGUGCUUGCUGGAAAUUCCGCAGCUGUUCUGCCGCAUCUGCAGUCCUUCAAACUGCAGCAUGCAUAUCAGUUAGCGGAAAAGGGUUAUAAGAGUGACGCGCAACAGUAUUGCGAUGCUAUUGCAGGGAUCCUCAAAGCUACCACAAGACCUUCUCCAUAUUAUCACCAACGCUUGUUCUCUGAAGUCGAAGAACUUUCAACCCGUUUGAGAGAGGCACCUGGUGAUGGAACUUCUUCGUGGAUAUCAAAACCCAGCAUGGAGAAAGUUUCCGGUUCCAUGUGGGCCAAAUUCAGCAGUUUUGUCGCGGGUGACGAUAAUGAUGAAGCUUCUACCGCUUCAGGAAAAGCAGGCGAUGCCGAUGUGGGGCCUUUCGCGAAGGUGACAGGAACUCCUACUAUCAGUCGUUCUCCAUCAACCUCCGAUCUAUAUGGUUCCUGUCCAAUGGCCCAGCCCGUUUCGAGUUCCUCUUCACGAUACACCCCCGGGAACCAAUUUGCUCUCAGCUCAUCACCGGAGCAGUACCGGAGUCGGUCCUCGAUGGAUUCUCAGAAAUCGCCUCCCAUGAGUGUAAACUACACUCAAAGACGGGGAUCUCAGGAUCCCUCUACGCCUGUGGAUGGUAGUCCAUACGUUUCAGCGUCGUUCAAUACUCAUGGAACGCCCCCUUAUGCUUAUCAUUCUACUCCUCAAUCUUCUUAUACUCCUCUUGCACCUGUGGAAGAGGACCUUCCAUCCCAAUCACAGCAACCUCAGCCGGCGCCGUCCCAAGAUUCAGCCCUCACCAGCGGUUUACGGUCCGGUUCUGACUCUUUUGGUCAACCUCUUGACCAUUCAGAAAACGCGGACACGGAAACAUCACAGAACACUGGUUACGAGCCGCCUACCGCCUCGAGCGGCUACGAGCCUCCGUCAUAUCAACCUGACGCUGGAACAGCAUCUGAUGAGGAAGAGGAGUCGCAAGAAGAGGAGAAGAAGCCAAAGAAGAAGUCCUUCAUGGAUGAUGACGAUGAUGAUGAUGACCUCGCUGCUCGUGCAGCAGCUCUCCAAAAGGCCGAAAAGGAACGACGUGAUCGUGAAGUUGACGAAGCGGUUAGAAGAGCCGCAGAGGCCGAUGCUCAACGACCUGCACAACCUGCCAAAAGGAGCUGGUUUGGUAGCUGGUUCGGAGGCAGAAAAGAUGACUCCUCCUCUAACAAGCCUAUCAAGGCGAAUCUCGGUGAAGAGAAUUCAUUCUACUAUGAUCCCAAUCUGAAGAAAUGGGUCAACAAGAAGGAUCCUAACAGCGCUAAUGCUGCCGCGCGUGCCACUCCUCCCCCACCCAAGGGUCCUGCGCCACCAAGCAGAUCUGCAAGCGGUAGUAGCAGUGCACCACCUGCGGGGGGUCCCACAAUGGCUUCACAGAGUCCUCCUUCUUCAUCCAGCCGUCCGUCCACUGGAACUGGUGCGCCACCGUCACGUUCUGAAAGUCCAGCACUUUCUUCUCCAGGUGCUCCGCUUCCUGGGGCUCCUAACGGACCACCUCGUUCCGUGUCUACUGCGAGUGCUCCUGGUGCAACGCCGCCGAGUUCCAGCUCUGGUCAGGCACCACCUCCCCGACCAUCUCUGAGCAACGCAAGCUCAAUUGACGAUCUACUCGGUGCGCCACAGGCGCGCAAAGGAAACACGACGAGAGGAAAGAAAAAAGGCAGGGGCUAUGUUGAUGUUAUGGCCAGAUGA